UCGCAAUUUUUUGCUGUUUAUUAGAAGAGAUAUAGAAGAAUUUAAUGAACUGAACAACAAACUAUAUGUGAAUGUAAAAAUAAACGAAACCUUAAUCAAAAUGUUAAGGAAAACUUGAACAUUUCAAAGAAAAAAAAAAACUUUAGAGGAAAAUUGUGCUAUAGCUGUCAAAAAGCAAAAAAAGGAAGGGAGGAGACAAAACAGUUCACGACACAACAGAUUCAGAUUCGUCAUCGAUUGAAAGGCGAAUAAAAUAAAUAUAUUUGUUAUUUUAAAAACAAAUACUCGAAUAUUUGAGCAUUCAUGUCCUUUUUGUCAAAAGUAUGAAGUGUUUCAUAUGUAAAUUAACAAAUCUAUCUAUGCGUUAAUAGGACAAGAACAACACAGAAAAGAAAAAUAAAGAAUUCUUGCCUAAUUUUCCAAACGGCGACAUGGAUGAUAAUCUGAGCACAAAAUCUUCAGAGUCUUCUAUAACCACCAGCGGGGAGUACGAAAUUGUUGCAACCGACUCAACAUCUCCGGAACAGCCAUUAAUGGAUAUAAAUAAUCGCAAUUUAUCGGAUAUACAAAAUGCCAUGACAGAUGCUUUGAAAGAAUUGGAACUGGACAAAAGUGGGGAGGUUGGUUUGGCCAUUGCAAGUGUUAAGCAGAAAUCAUUAACUUUACCCUUGGUGGGAACAACAAGUCCAGCUUUGGUGGUUCCCCAGCAGCAGCAGCAGCAACAGCAGGAUAAAUUGAUGGACAAUGCCAGUACCAUGAAAAUGAGAACUAUGCCAACACCUAACAGUCAAAUUUCAACAGCACAACCAAAUCGUGUGGGCCAAUCGGUUUUCUACGAUUGUCUUGAUGGCAAUGCAGCUACACCACCAGCACCCAUGGGCGAAAGGGCCAAAGGAGAUGGUGCUGAGGUGGAGGAGAAACAGGAUAUUAUGAAGCCCGAACGAAAUGACACCGAUGAUGAUGUUUCAGAUAUUGAUCAAGGCUGCACCAUAUUCUCGGGUGUUACUUAUUUGGGAGCAGCCAAUAUCAAUGCCCCCAAAUCGGAAUCGGAUGUCUAUCGCAUUAUGAGUGAGCUGAAUAAUGGCACCUCUUCGAAUGGUCUAAAAAUUUCCAUAAGCAUACCGAAUUGUUCAGAUGGUUUGGUGGUUUUACAUGACGCCGAAUCAAAUACCAUUAUUGCCACCUAUGAAGUACAAAGUAUAAUUUUAUAUUUUCGUGGCCCCAUUGAGACGGUGGAACAUGGAUGUUUCGCUUUUACUUGGUUGCAUGGUGAAUCUUUGUUUCAGUGUCAUGUAUUUCGUUGCCAUAUACCAGAAGCGGUGAAUCAAGUUAGUGCUUGCUUCCAAAAAGCUUUCCAAACCUAUCCGGCCAGUAUGACUUGCAGUCUGAUAUCAGCUACCGAUAAUAAUAUGAUGAAUUCCAUAACAUCAGAUGUCAGUGGCAACCCGCUAAACACAGCUGGUUAUGAGUUCUUGGUGUCGCUGGAGAUAAGAGAGAAGGUAGCUAAAAAUUCAUAUGCACCAGUUCCAAGAGAUCGUGGAUCCUUUAAACUGCGAGCAAAUACCGACAAAGAGGUCUAUAUAACCGUUAAACAGACUCCGUCGACAGUGUUGCAGCCAUUGUUUAUAGAUCGUUGUUUUGGUGUACUGUUAAGUCCUGGUAAAUUGGUGAGACAAGCUGAUAUGCGCUUAAUCGAUAUGAUAUCCAUGGGCUAUGUACAACAACCCGCAGCAACAAAUACUAGCAGUAAUGGAGGCGGGGGAGGUGUUGGAGGAGGUGAUGUAGUGCCUCCCGUUACUCCCUUGUGUUUGAAUCCCUAUCACAUUCAGGCCGAAUGGAAAACUAGCGAGAAGGCUUUUGAUCAGUUGAAUGUGGAAACUUCUAAAACUUUCCUCACCGUUGCUGUGGAUAUUGUUAUGCGUGGCAUUCAAGAGCCAGUGCGAUUUGUCAUAGAGACACCCGUUACUAUACAGUCGGCCGGCGAGUUGCGUAUUAUGGAUCAUUUUAUCUCCAAGCGGCCCAUGACCUUACGUUUUUAUUUGCAUUUGAAACGUACAACCGAUGAAUUCAGCUGGAAAGUAAGCUCCAUAGAUCCGGCCGAAGAGAUAGUGGAGCAAACGCAACAAUCAACUUCAUCUUCAUCUUAUUUACUAAAAUUUGGCAUGAAUAAUUUGUCGCGCAUAGUGCGAUCAUCAUCGAUAGCCUCCAUAGAGGAAGACUGCCCUACCGACUCCGAAGAUCUCUCAGACGGUGAUGAGCCAUUGUUAAGCGGCACUGGAGAAGUGCCUCGCGAUUGUUCGCAGGACACUUUGGACGAAUGGGAUCCAGUGCUAAAGGAAUGGGAUGGUGAGAAGAGGCCUAAGGCCCUGGCUCCCCUAGUACGUUUGGGUGUACCAGAGGCAAUGCGCGAAAUGAUAUGGAAAAAAUUGGCUGGCAUAGAGACAAAAACCGAAAUGUUGGAUAUGUAUAAAAUUUUAAUUACCAAAGAAACCAAAUGUGAAACUGUUAUACAACGUGACAUACAUAGGACUUUUCCAGCCCACAAAUGCUUUAGGGAAACUGGAGGAUCAGGCCAAGAUGCCCUGUUCAAGGUUUCCAAGGCUUAUGCGGUGUAUGACAGUGAAGUUGGCUAUUGUCAAGGUCUCAGUUUCAUUGCAGCCAGUUUACUUUUGCAUAUGCCUGAGGAAGAUGCUUUCUGCGUUUUAGUUUCCCUAAUGUACGACUAUGGCUUACGCGAUCUAUACAAGCAAGGCUUUGAAGUAUUAUAUUUGCGUCAUUAUCAAUUGGAACGUUUGAUUAAAGAUCAAUUACCCAAGCUCUAUGAACAUUUCCUUAACUGUGGCAUUGAAACUCACAUGUAUGCCUCACAAUGGUUUCUGACUUUGUUCACGGCACGCUUUCCCUUGUGCUUUGUAUUCCAUGUACUCGAUGUUUUCCUGCUGGACGGCAUCAAUGUUCUAUUCCAAGUUGCUCUCACACUUCUCUCGAUAUGUGAGAAUGAUUUGCGUCAACUUGAUUUCGAAGGUAUAUUGAAAUAUUUCCGUGUUACCUUGCCCAAGAAAUGUCGUAGUCCCAGCCAGGCAAGACGUAUAAUGAAAAUGGCUUGUGAGCGUAAAAUUAAAAAACUUAAAUUGUACGAAGAAGAGUUUAAACUACAGAAACAGGAUAAGGACCGUUUGGAAAAGGAAUCACAACUAUAUGAGAAUCGUUUUGGCGCCGAGCGCCGUAAACUACAGGGAGAGAUAAAUGAGCUACAGCAAAAGUUGUCGGAAGCCAAUGAACGUGCCAUUGAGCGGGAGAAGAAACACACUGGUAUUAUACAGGAGUACAAACAGAUAAUACAACGUUUGGAACAGGAUAUGACAACAAUGAAUGAGACGUUGGGAAAUGUUAUGAGCACUGUGGCCAAAUGUGAUAACUGUUCGCAGCACAUUGAGAAGGAUAGCCAUGCCAACAAUGCCAUAACAACAAAAUCAUCAUCGUCAUCCUUGUCCAACAACGACAAUCGAUCACCCAUUAACACAAAUAAGAAUGCAAAUGAAACGCCACUGGGUCCAUUGGAUCCGUUGCAUGCUGCAUUACAGCAUAUACGUGAACUUGAAUUGGAGUUGGCGCAAGCUAAACUGGCACAAGUAGAAGCUGAAUGUAAAAAUCAAGAUUUAAACCAUCAGCUCAGUACGACCAUAACCGAAAUGCAAUCCAAUCGCAAUAGUUGGCAGCCAUGGUUUUCAAAGACCCUCAACACGUUACAGGAAAAGGUAUCGACACGAGGCGGCAGUAAUAAUCGUGAUCAAACGCCCACAUUUCAGUCAUACAUGUCCUCGGCGACAGGAAGUGAAACUAAUUCGCCAUCGGGACAUCAGGAAUUCAAGGCCUUCUCUGUGAGCAGCUCACCUAAGUUACCCUCGAAAUUCCAAACGGCCCGUUUACGCAACAGUAUUGAUAGUCUACGGAAUAUAGUGGUGCCUUUGGAGAAUUCCGGCAAGCAUCUUUUAAAUGAGACCCUAAAACAGCACCAGCAGUAACAUCAUCGGCAGCAGCAGUAAUUUUGGAUGCAUUUGUUUUUUUUUUGUCGUAGUCUCCACUGCAUAGCAUUCCAUAAAAACCUAAGAAAUUUGAAAUUAAUACAUCACAAUAUAGUUGAAGCGAAUAAAAACCAACUAACAAACACACACACACACUUGAGACAACACUCUACUUAAGGGCAAUGGACGACAGACAGAUAGACCGACAUUAUAUGUGAUUAAGUAAUUCAAUUCUCUCCACUAACCACCAUUUAAAUGAAUUUGCAUGGAAGAAAUUACAAAAUAUAUAAUGGAAAUUAUUUAUGUAGUUUAUUAAGGGCUUGCAUACAUACGUAUAUAUUUAUCAGCGGAAUCACAAAUAUAUAUACACAAAGAAAA